ACUUUUUGUUACUUUCCAGGAGUGAUGGCUGAGGGAAAAAGCAAGAGCAUGGUCGGUGAUUGCGGGAUACAGUUAGUGGUGGAGCCGCGUGUGUGUCUGCACGAUGCACCCACCAGCAUCAUGGUGAAAGGAAUGCAGCCCCAAGCUCCUGUCACCCUCACACUCACCACGCACAAUGAGGCCUCCCUCAAGUUCCUCUCUUACGCCCACUACGUGAGUGACGACAGUGGGACAGUGAACGUGGAGCGAAGUGAGGCUGUGGGUGGCUCCUACACCGGCGUGUUCCCUGCAGGACUGCUUUUAUCCCUGAAGGAGUUCCCUCAUCAUUAUACACGCCUUCAGAAGGAAGAUCCCACAACUCCUUGGCUGAUGACACUAACCGUGCAUGAAGGCCACCUCACGCUGGAGCAGAGUGCUGCCAGCGAGGGCUUGACUGACGUCCUGCUUGAGCGCCAUAUCAUGGCUCCUGGCGUUCGGCGUGAACCAGUUGUCCACGAGCGAGUCCGCGGGAACAUAUUUUUCCCUGCGGGUCCCGGCCCUUAUCCUGCUGCCAUUGACAUCUUUGGAGGGUUUGGGGGAUUAAAGGAAUACAGAGCAUCGAUGCUGGCUUCUAGGGGUAUUGCAUGCCUCGCCAUUGCUUAUUUCAAAUACGCCGAUCUUCCCAAGAACUUAGAUAGUUUGGAGCUGGAAUACUUUGAGGAAGCAGUGGAAUACUUACUGCAGCAGCCUGGCGUCAUCCCUGACCGGUGUGGUGUCAUCGGAUCAAGCAAGGGAGCCAAUCCAACUCUAGGUAUGGGAAUCCACCUGCCGAAGGUGACAGCAGUUGUGUCCAUCGGAGGCAAACUAAUUGGCGAUACGCCUCUUACAUACCGUGGAAAGCAACUAUGGAAGACUCAAAAGCUUAACCCGCUCUACUACAAAAUAGAGCAAUUCAAUAUUGUCAGUGUGAAGGAAAGUGCUGUGAAGAACUUGUAUACUCACGACCAUCCAGGUAUGCCAAAUUGUGAGGAUGCUCCUGAUGACACGCACUUCCUGCUCAUAGCCGGUGACGAUGAUCAGUGUUAUACCAAGCUGGAGAUUGACGCCUUGAUGGAUCGCAUGAAACUGCAUGGACGAGAACAUCAAUGUCAAACUGUUAUCUACAAAGAAGCAGGACAUAUAAUUGAACCACCUUAUAACGCUCACCCAGGCUACAGUACAUAUGACAUGGGACUCGCAAAUGUAAUAAUGAAAUGGGGUGGGAUUCCCUGGGGUACAUGCAAGGCCCAAGAGCAUAACUGGAACAAUAUGAAGAAGUUCUUAGAGAUGCAUGUACGCGAUCGAAGUGCUUGGUACCAACAGUAUAUGGACCGCAUCAACACAGAGAAGAAAUUGUGAUCCAAGCAUCAGGUUAGCGAAAGACACCUCCCAGCAGUUACCAUUCUACCUGAUGUUGACCUCUCGCCGCAGGCAUUCUCGAUACAAUUGCCUUUCCUCUGGAGCCAACGAGAUGUUCACUCCUUCAGUUGCUAGUUACAUAGCAUAUCUUACACUUGCUGUCUUGUGGCCAAGUGGAUUGUGUUUUUCCGCUUUUGAAUGAUAAUAUAUUUACUUUAUAAGUAGCUUCGCUGUUUCACAAAUUUCUUACAUUUCGUUGUUAGAAAUACACUACAAUUUAAGCAAAA